AUGCCAGAUCCAGAUUGUCAUCCUUCCCAUGUGUCACGUCCCACAUCAAGCUCAACCUCAAUGUCAACUGCAGGUGGAUUACGAAAACGAAUCGUGAUGAAUCCACCACCGUCGUUCAUACAGUACUUGGCAUCCAUCGCUCCUCACGAUGCUAUCCCUGGGGCAAAUGGUCCAAUGAUGAUUAGUUCAAAUGGACAAGCUGUAUUACUAUCCCCGAAUUCUGCCUCCACCGGGGUACACGGUAGCCUUCAGCCUAGUAAUGACCAAUCCUCUACUGUCGAUGUCGACAGUACCGAUAACACUCCGUCUGCUGAUGAGGGUGACAUGGAUGAUGGUCAGGUGGUGUUGAAAGGUGAUAAAGUGGUGUUGGUCGCUCCUACCCAAACUUCUAGUCCCACAAUCACUCCUACCUCGACCCCCACGGUCAUUGAGAUGGUGUCUUCGGUAGUCGAUAGUACUGGGAUGGCUUCUUCAGCUAUCACGUCCGCUCCGACUGCCACGCUCGCAUCCAGCUCAUUUUCGAUGACAGGUUCGACAAGUGCAGCUUUUACCGUCACAUCCACUUUGGCCACUACUAGUAAUGAUAUCAGUCUCAGGACAACAUCCACAGCAAUAUCAACCAUUUCCACCUCAUCCACCUCACCUUCUCAAUCAUCCACUGAUAAAUCAUCUCCAACUUCGGAUCAUCACCCACCUUCAGCAGGUAUAAUAUUCCUUAUUAUCCUCCUAUGUCUAGCCAUAUUUAUCGCCCUCGCUUCCCUCCUGCGAUACAUGGUUAAAUCACGUCGGUUACCAUGUCUAGGUAGAUCCAGGAGCGAUGAGGAUGAUGAUGGAUUAUCAGAUCUGGUUAGGGGAUUCGAUACGCCUAGGACAUUAGGUGGAGGAGGAUAUAAUCCUUAUCUUCAUGCUUCUACCUAUCCACACCUCUCUGAUGUCGAUGAUAAUCAAGAGAAGAGUGAAUUGGAAAGGAGAGCAAGUCUAUUUGCUCAUCAAUCUACGACCAACGCAAAUGGCAGAUCACCAUUCUUACAUACUGAAUCACAAUCCAACUCUCCAAUCGGAUAUGAUGGGAAUAUGGAUAUACCGAAUUUACCUAUCCCACCACCUACAGCUCACAGUAUGGGAACAAGUACAUUACCUCAUCAUUUGCUAGGAGAGACGGGUCCAUUGGAAGUGCGCAAUGCAGGACCGGGUGAGAUGGACGAGCAUGAAAAUGCACAUAAACAUGAACAUGAGCAUGCGCAAGAUGAGAGAGAAGUAGAGGGGAUAGAUGGGCUGGUAGGAUUGGGUCUGGGUCAAGGUAGUCCGAGAUUUCUGGGUGUUAAUGGCAACGGUCUACCUGUACCUUGGUCUACACCUUUACCUCCCCGACCUUCAUCAAUCGACUCAUUCGACAACCACCAAACCAACCUACAUCCUAAUCCAUUCGGAUCAUCUUCCACUUUAUCUGCUGCUCAGGCACCACCUUUGGGGUUUCCAUCACCAUCCCUAUCGCACGAUUCGUUAAGUUUACCUCAAAGGUCAGCAACCUGGGCUAGUAAUUUAAGGAACACAUUGUAUAACGCUAUAUCAGCUGCUAGAGUACCUACUGUCGGUUCAAACGCCGUGGGACACCCAGGGAUGGGAGAUGAAGAUAAGUUUACUAGGACUGUGAGUGUCGGGAAUAUAUAUAGGAAUGCAUCGUCAAGGAGGAAAGCCAUACCGUCAUUUGAUCUGGAGAAAGGUUUGAAAGUAGUUGAUGAGAAAGAUGAUAUCGACGAUAGAAUGAAAAGUGAUGAUUCGUCAUCUACUUUGGUCAUCCCUCGGAAACCUGCUGGAGAAAGGUUUAAAGGGUAUUAUUCGAGAUCGAAAAGUUCAAUGACAACCACUUCGUCUUCGAUCGAUGGCGAUGGAGGAGAUGAAGUAGAGGAGACGAGACCUCCUACUAGGAUGGCUGGUGGGGCGAGAGCAGCAGGAGCGAGAACAGGGAGUUUUGUCAUUGUCUAA